AUGGCUGCAUGCUGUGAGGGAGAGACACACAUCUCCACAAAAGGUUCACCAUACUCAAGUCAUGUGGGUUUCAACUUUUUAAGGCAGGUGCAUUCAUCAGGUGAGGUGUUUUUCGUGAUAUUUUUGGGUGUGUUUAUUUCUGAUUUUGUGUUUUGCGACUCAUUUACGUCAGGUCAGACAUCACCUGACAGUGACCCAUUUAGGUCAGGUCAGACAUCACCUGACAACGACCCAUUUAGGUCAGGUCAGACAUCACCUGACAAUGACCCAUUUGGGUCAGGUCAGACAUCACCUGACAACGACCCAUUUAGGUCAGGUCAGACAUCACCUGACAACGACCCAUUUAGGUCAGGUCAGUCAUCACCUGACAACGACCCAUUUAGGUCAGGUCAGACAUCACCUGACAACGACCCAUUUAGGUCAGGUCAGACAUCACCUGACAACGACCCAUUUAGGUCAGGUCAGACAUCACCUGACAACGACCCAUUUAGGUCAGGUCAGACAUCACCUGACAACGACCCAUUUAGGUCAGGUCAGACAUCACCUGACAACGACCCAUUUAGGUCAGGUCAGACAUCACCUGACAACGACCCAUUUAGGUCAGGUCAGACAUCACCUGACAACGACCCAUUUAGGUCAGGUCAGACAUCACCUGACAACGACCCAUUUAGGUCAGGUCAGACAUCACCUGACAACGACCCAUUUAGGUCAGGUCAGACAUCACCUGACAACGACCCAUUUAGGUCAGGUCAGACAUCACCUGACAACGACCCAUUUAGGUCAGGUCAGACAUCACCUGACAACGACCCAUUUAGGUCAGGUCAGACAUCACCUGACAACGACCCAUUUAGGUCAGGUCAGACAUCACCUGACAACGACCCAUUUAGGUCAGGUCAGACAUCACCUGACAACGACCCAUUUAGGUCAGGUCAGACAUCACCUGACAACGACCCAUUUAGGUCAGGUCAGACAUCACCUGACAACGACCCAUUUAGGUCAGGUCAGACAUCACCUGACAACGACCCAUUUAGGUCAGGUCAGACAUCACCUGACAACGACCCAUUUAGGUCAGGUCAGACAUCACCUGACAACGACCCAUUUAGGUCAGGUCAGACAUCACCUGACAACGACCCAUUUAGGUCAGGUCAGACAUCACCUGACAACGACCCAUUUAGGUCACUAUAUUCUACAAUAAUUAACAUAACACAACAUAUGUAACAUUAACAUGCCUUUUCCUUGUACAUCUGAACCUAAUCAGUGAUUGCAUGGACUGCUAUAAAUUCCCCACACACAACCUUGUAUAAGUUGCUGUGGUAACAUAAAAUCUCAUUAGAAUGUGGUCUGUAUUGGAAGGGUAGGCUGAUACCACCUGACCUUGUCAAUGCUUCGAAGCAGAAUCACUAAAAACAGAAAACACAGAUAUUGCUUUUAAUUAAAAAAUAUAAAUAAAUGUGUAGCUUUGCAUUGCCAUUUACCUAUAUUAUAGUGACAUGUAACAAGCAAGAUAAUCCUAAUAUAGUAUAACAUUGCCCAACUCCUUCACAGCGUCCUCACCAGUAAUAUAGUAUAACAUUGCCCAACUCCUUCACAGCGUCCUCACCAGUAAUAUAGUAUAACAUUGCCCAACUCCUUCACAGCGUCCUCACCAGUAAUAUAGUAUAACAUUGCCCAACUCCUUCACAGCGUCCUCACAGUUUCCUCACCAGUAAAGCAAACAUCCAAUUAAGAAAAUAGCCAAUAAAUAUAUCUCACCAAAUCAAGCAAUGAAAGACUAAACAAGCAACAGUGAUUGGGCAAGCACAUUGGACAGACGAAACACCAAGUAGUCAGAUUGAUAGAUUUUCUAUUGGUUGUAAUGCAAGUUCCCUCUUCAAAGAUUUACUAUAAUUGUAAAUCAAUUUGACUAAAACUUACUUACAAGACUAUACCUAUAAAAACUGUAUCUAUUUGGAAUUUCAUUCAUUAACAGCUGCAGAACUCGUCUUUUAAUGUAUCUAAACAGUACUAUUUUCUCCCUAGAAAAAUGUACAUGUGAAAUUUUAUGAUUCAACACAUCAGUUACCAGUUAAAACAAUAACAAAUCCACCUUAAAACCAAGGAACAAAACCUCAAGGAUCGUUUCUGUAAAUAUAAAUCAAUAAUUUAUACACUGUAUUACUAGAAACAUUUUUAAUCAUGUUAAUCCAUAACUCUGCUAUUUAUGUUACUUCCUGGUAAUAAAACUGGCCUCUGUAAGACAAUCAAUCCUGGGCUCCUGGUGAUGUUGUCUGCAGAAAUGUAAACCUCGCCCUUAUCAACAUCCACAUAAAUAUCUUUUAAUGUUAUAUUUAAGUUGAAGAGAGUAUUUGCAACAUCGUUUUCACAUGCUAGCAGAAAAAUAUCCAUGGAAACCAUGUUUGAUUGUUUGAGGAAAGUCAGUUUUUGAUGAGUAAAUGAUUAUUACCUUUCUUAUCAAAAAUACAAAGGCGUGUAUCUAAACAUUUUCUUCAGGUUGAUAAGUAUGGAUUGUAAACAGGCUAUUUAAGUACACCCAAUGAAAUGUUGAUGUGUGACAAGCGACCAAUGAAGGAUGUGAACACUAGGGUGUGAAAUAUAACCAUGCAGUCCUUUUGGCAACUCAAUAAUUGUCUGUACACUCAGUGGUUAUUAAUGUAAACAAUGGCGAUCAAAUUGUUAGUCUUCAACUAAAUGUACAUAUGUUAAUAGCAAAGCCGAAUUGAUGGCGAUUUUAUUGCCAACUCGUACAUAUUUAUUACCUUAGUAUACAUAGGGUUUAGCAUUUUUUGUGUGUGAUAAAGGUGACAGAGUACAUAAGUUACUGGUUGUGCUAUUCCGUCUUUUCAUAUUGCA